CGCAGGAAGUGUCUGUACGUAGCUCAGCUGGCUUGUUUAUAGGUCCGCGGAGCGCGGUAGCUGUCAGAUAUCACAGACAGGGCGAUAGAGUGAACACCCACCCGGGCUGCCUCGGCGCUUUAUACCAAACCCUCCGUCACUGAAACACAGUUCACCGCUCCAACGGCCGGCUGCUGCUGGGCGGACCUGCUUUUUUUACGCGCACUCAGCCCGAACGAACCGCUAUUUUCGGAGUUCAUUAACAAGAAGAAGCGAGAGACAGGGGAGAGACAUGGCCACGACAACCUGUACGCGAUUCACAGAUGAAUAUCAGCUGUACGAGGAGCUGGGGAAGGGAGCUUUUUCAGUGGUGCGCAGGUGUGUUAAGCUGUGCACAGGACAGGAGUAUGCUGCUAAAAUAAUCAACACCAAAAAGUUAUCUGCACGAGAUCACCAGAAGCUGGAGCGAGAGGCUCGUAUUUGUCGCCUGUUGAAACACCCCAACAUUGUUCGUCUUCAUGACAGUAUAUCAGAGGAGGGCUUCCACUACCUCCUGUUUGACUUGGUGACCGGAGGUGAACUAUUUGAGGACAUUGUAGCCAGAGAGUAUUACAGUGAGGCCGAUGCCAGUCAUUGCAUCCAGCAGAUCCUGGAGGCGGUGCUUCACUGCCAUCAAAUGGGCGUGGUGCACCGGGACCUGAAGCCGGAGAACCUGCUCCUGGCAAGCAAGUGUAAGAACGCUGCAGUGAAGCUGGCCGACUUUGGCCUCGCCAUCGAGGUGCAGGGGGAUCAGCAGGCCUGGUUCGGCUUUGCUGGCACACCGGGGUACCUGUCCCCUGAGGUACUGAGGAAGGAGGCAUAUGGCAAACCUGUGGACAUCUGGGCCUGUGGGGUGAUCCUCUACAUCCUGCUGGUGGGCUACCCUCCUUUCUGGGAUGAGGACCAGCACAAGCUGUACCAGCAGAUCAAGGCUGGGGCGUAUGAUUUCCCUUCCCCAGAGUGGGACACAGUCACCCCAGAGGCCAAAAACCUGAUCAACCAGAUGCUGACGAUCAACCCAGCCAAGAGGAUCACUGCUCAAGAGGCCCUCAAGCAUCCAUGGGUCUGCCAACGAUCCACAGUGGCAUCUAUGAUGCACAGACAGGAGACCGUGGAGUGCCUGAAGAAAUUCAAUGCCAGGAGGAAACUCAAGGGGGCCAUUCUUACUACCAUGCUGGUUUCUCGAAACUUCUCUGUGGGCAGCAGGCAGACCACCGCUCCAGCCUCUGUCACUGCAGCCGCAGCAGCUGUAGCUGCAGCCGCCGGCACCACUGCAGGGCUGGUGGAACAAGCCAAGACUUUGCUCAACAAAAAGGCAGAUGUUAAGCCCCAGACAAACAGCACCAAAAACAGCAUAGUCACCAGCCCCAAAGGAAACAUCCCUUCACCCGCUCUGGAACCUCAGACUACUGUCAUCCAUAAUCCAGUGGACAGGACGAAGGAAUCGUCGGACAGCAGCAACACCACUGUGGAGGACGAAGACGUGAAAGGGAAGAGCUUAGACAACAGCUCACUUAAGGCGCAGUCCAGCACAAGUUCCCAACCUGAUAGCUCUCAGGGCUCCUCAGCUGCUGUGCACUCUGCUGCAAAGUUUGCUGACCUGUUGGGCUCAGUGCGUAGGGGCUCAGGGCCCGUAACUGACGGAGAAGGGAGAUCCAGCACUCCGCCCCCCUCUGUCCUCUCCGCCCCCUCUCCUCCACACCCCCCCGCUGUCCCCAUGCAGAUGUCUCGGCUCACAGACCUGGUAAGCAGCGUUCGCAGGGCGCCGGCAGCCUCCGCGCCCGAAGUUGAUGCUACACCGGUGCCGGUACCUAGCGCCAGGCCCGCCCCUCCACCCGCACACACCACUUCCCCACCUCCCCCUCACCCCCCCUCCAGCCCUCCCUUGUCUUCCUCCCAGACACGCAAACAAGAAAUCAUCAAGAUAACCGAGCAGCUGAUAGAGGCCAUCAACAACGGAGACUUUGAGGCAUACGCUAAGAUCUGCGACCCUGGACUGACUUCGUUUGAGCCGGAGGCGCUGGGAAACCUGGUAGAGGGAAUGGACUUCCACAGAUUCUACUUUGAGAACCUUUUGGCUAAGAACAGCAAGCCGAUACACACCACCAUCCUGAACCCCCACGUGCACCUGAUCGGCGAGGAUGCCGCCUGCAUCGCCUACAUCCGCCUGACUCAGUUUGUUGACAGCCAGGGUCGGCCGCGGUCCAGCCAAUCAGAGGAGACUCGCGUCUGGCAUCGCAGAGACAGCAAGUGGCAGAACAUCCACUUCCACUGCUCAGGCGCUCCAGCUGCGCCGCUCCAGUGAGGGUGGAAUGCUGGAGUUUUGUCUGUCAGGAGUGCUCUGCUGGAGAGAGGAGGAGGAUGAGGAAGGAGUGAAAGAACACGUCCAGUGGCGGUGUGGGGGCUCUUUAUCCUUCGACAACAAACCCUCCCUUACUGGACGCCCGGCCUCGACCCCCUCCCAGCAUGCAUCUCUUCUUUUACUACUACUCGCCCCCCGUUUGUCGCCUGUCCCACCACACCUUCCGACAGCCAUCGAGCAGCAGCAGCAGCGUCCUCCGCCGCCCGGCUUCCUCUUCUUCCCUCCUGGGUGUUUGAUGGGGGUGGGGGUGUUGUGCAGCAGUGGGUGUGAUUCCUUCUUGUGGUCUCUUUUUGUGACACCAACCCUUUUGUCCUCCUGUGAAUCCACACUUGUGUGACAUAAACACUGCACUGGAAAUACAGUAUGUAAAGUUUUAAGUAAAAUCUAUAAUUAUCAUUACUCUGUUAUUAUUAUGAUUAUUAUUAUUACACAUUUGCAACUGUAUAUGUAAUUUGUAUAAUUCAGAAUUCUUGAUGCCAGUGGUUUUUAGAGUUAAAGAAAUCUUUUUGUUUUUUUCUUCG